AUGAUCCAGCGCGCGCUCGCCCUCAUGCUGCAGCGCCUCCUGGGCAAGUUCCUGUCCCUCGACGCGGCGCAGCUGGAGCUCAGUAUCUGGGACGGCGACCUCACCUUCACCGACCUCCAGAUGCGCCUGGCCGUCGGCCGCGGCAAGGUCGGCGCGCUCCAGGUGCAGAUCCCGUGGCGUUCGCUGUGGAGCCAGCCCGUUGUCGUCAAGGCGCAGAACAUCCGCAUCUACGCACACGCCAUGCCCACGUCGAAUGAGCCGUCGACCGAGGUGCAAGUCGCAGCGAGCGAAGAGCAGGACAAGACGUACCUCUCCAAGCUGCUCGCAUGCAUCAUGAGCAACGUCCAGAUCGAGCUCGAAGACAUCGAAGUGCGCUACGAGUGCUUGGAAGACUCGGUCGAGAAGACGCCUGGCUACGUUGUCUGCGCCAUCGAGCGCGUCCUGCUGCAAAACACGGACGGCAACUGGGUCCCGACCUUCAUCGACCCUGCCAGCGGCGCCAAAGAGUCGCGCAAGCGCCUCCAAGUCCAAGACAUUUCGACGUACGUCGUCCCGUAUUCGCUGUACACGAACCCCACCAGUCCCAUGGACGACGACACGCGCUUCUACGUCUUCCACAACUGGUCGAGCGACAUCAAGGCGACGCUCUCGUAUCAAAGCGCAGGUGCCGCCAUCCCCGACGUCGAGCUCGGCAUCGUUCUGCAUCAGAGCUCGAACGUCACGCCGUGUUCGACGUGCCGCAGUGUCUCGGUGCAACCGGACGUCCUCACGUUUCAUCUCGAGAGCGUCCACGUCGACGUGCUGUGCGCGGUCCUCAACGAAGUCAAGGCGCCGUACGACCACUACGACAAGCUCACGGAGCUCACGGCGUCGGCGCAACAAAACCAGGGCUUUGUCGCGGUGCUGACGUAUGCCAAGCAGUGGCUUUUGGCAGACGUCGAGCCCGUUGCGCCGAAAACAAGCCAUGGCAUCGACAGUGACGACGACGACGACGACGACGACGAUUUUCAGGACGCCGUGUCACCGCCCAGCCUCACCGUCGCUGUCGAGAUCACGCCGCCCGUCCACCUCUCGAUCUUUCCCCGGUCCGAGAACCUGCUUGAUGAGUACGACUACUCGACAGAGCGAACGCAUUGGAUCCUGGCCAUCGACGGCACACGCGUGCUCUGGCGGCAGAGCUGCGUCGAAAGCGAAGUCCAAGUAUCGAUGCACGCAAUCUCGCUCCAAGAAUUCGAUCCCGCAUCGCCGGUCAAGAGUCUCUUGCACGUCGAUCGGUCGUCGGACGCGCCGUGGCUCAAUGUUGUUUGCCGCCUCCCCGAGUACGAAAGUCGACUCGUGGGCGCGCAAAUGUCGCUCUCGUGGCACAUGGCCCACUCGAUGCACCUCGUCGUCUCGGAAGCGUCGUGCUGGAAGUGGAAUGAACUCAUCUCGCCGAUGUGGCAGUGGUGGGACCGCUGGAGCUCGCUGUACCCAACGAAAGAAGUCACAACGACGCCGAAAACAACGCUCGCCGCCGCGCCGCUCCCGCUACUUGACGUCGCUGUCCGGGCGCUCACAAUCGAGCUCUCGAUGGCCGACCCGCAGCCGUUUGUCUUUGGCUGCCACCUCGAUGCGUUCCACGUGCGCACGAUCGAGACGGACGCGUCGUUGACGUCGACCGUCUCAUGGGGCCGUAUGGAUCUCUACUCGUCGUCGAAUGCUCUUCGGCACGACCUGUGGGCCUGUCCCAGCACGUCCAUCGAGCUCACGAGCCCGACGCGGUCGGCGUGGCAGCCGUCGGCACACCAGUGUACGCACACGUUCGUGUCGGGGCCGAGCAUGCCCGUGGCGGCCGUGAAGCCCACAGGCUUCAAUGCGCACUUUUCGUGCGUCGGCGAGGAAACGUACUUUUACACGCUCAAGGCGGUGCUGCCGGCGAUUGCGAUCGAAGUGACGCAGGACGAGUUUCGGCACGUGCACGUUCUCGUUGGCAAGUGGACCGGUGGAUCCGACCCGGCGUUGUCGCCGCAGUCGUCGCCGCACUGUACGUGGAUCCCGACGCAGUACGCGCAGUGGGCGAUCGAGUGCCGCGUUCCGUCGCUGGCGCUCACGACGCUCGACAGUGCCGGCGCGCCGUGGGGUCGAUUGACCAUCACCGAGUGCUGUGUGGCAUCGCACAUCUGCUCGAGUCUCUCGCACAUCUCGUGCAACGUGGCGUCGCUCCUCGUCCUGGACGUGCCGUCGUCCAAAGCGAUGCUCCGGCUAGCAUCGCCCUCGUCCAUCGACUCGGUGUCGUGUCCGCGGUCCGGCUUUGCCUUCUCCGACAAGAUGACGCUGCAUGGUCUCGCUGUCAACCUAUUGCACGUGCAAGCGCAUCACGUUGAAGCAGCGCUGUACCUUCCGUUUCUGAGCCACGUCACCGAGUGGCUAGCCAUGGGCGAGCUCCACGCGUCGCUCGCGGCAGGCCACGUCACACUGCCGACGCCGUCCGUGCCAGCAGUAUGGACGCCGCGGGACUCGAUUCACAACACGUGGCAAGUGCACGUGUGGCUCGAGCACGGCCUGCGCGUCGACUUGUUCCAUGUGAACGACGGCACGCACGACGGAUGCGUGCGCUGUGACGGCUCGACGUCAUCGCUGCUCGGGACGAUAAGCGCGUCGCACGCGGCGUGGAGCUGCUUUGGCUACGAGCCGUACUGCGACGUGACGACGGACGUGCGCGGCACGCUCAAACAGCUAGUUUUGACCGACCAAACCCACACGCUGACACCAACGUCGGACACCAUGCGGUACCGUGACGUCAUUGGCGCCGACGGAGACGUGCCACAGCACGUGGACUUUCGUUUCUUCGCGUACCACGAUGACGAGAUGCGAGGCAAAGUGUGGUCAGUCCUCCAGCUGCGCUUGGACGCAGUCGCGAUUCGGUAUCUGCACCGCGUGUACAAGCAGUUUAGCCACUACUUGCGCGACGUCGUCUUGCCCAAGUUGCUCUGGUCGCCAUUGAGUCUGGAGCAGCGCCGCGCCGUGUACAUGUGGCACGGCGACGACCUCGACGACGACGACGACAACGGUUUUGUCCCGGUCGCGCCCGAAGUCAACGCCGAGUUUCGUCUCGAGAUGGUCGCGCACGACCUGCAAUUUGCGCUGCCAAAGAAUUCGUUUUCGCAAGAGGUGAUCUGGCUCAAAAGCACCAACGGAUCGCUUUCGACCGUGCACGACGCCGGCGCGCCGUCCAACUUUGUGCAAACGGGGCUUUUCGCGGACGAGGUAGACGGACCUGGCGCCAUGGACAUCGCACCGCGCGGCGCGUCGUCGGCGUCGCGCCUCCAAGAGCUGCGGCGCCGAGAGCUCCGAAACCUCCGGCGACUCGUCAAGAGCCAGCGCGCACAGCUGCUCGUGAGCCGCGGCCAACUGCUCGCGGACCACAAGACGGCGCUGCGGCAGAAACACCACUACAUGCACCAAGGCGGACACGACGCCGAGUCGGUCGUGAUCGUGUCGCAGGCCAACCAAGCGUGCGAGAUUCUGAGUGCAAAAUUUGAGGCCGUCGAAGAGAACCUCGCGUCCCUCCAAGCCCACCUUGCGUUUCUCGAGUCGGAAAUCGAGGCCACACGGAGCGUCGACGAGGACCUGGCGCACGAGCGUGUGCGGAACGGCCGGUACAGAAGCCACUCGAUCGAAGCGAUCGAAGAGUCGGUGUCGAGCAUGCCGCAGUACGCUGCCGGGUCGCUCUUUGGCGCCGAAGACGCGGCCUUCCACGACGCGACCGAAGACGCACCGACGUCGCACUUACCGUGGCUGGCAAUCGAGCUCAUUGGUCUCAGCGGCGUCUCGGCGAGCGGCAGUAUGUUUGAGCACGCGAUUUGCUCGCUCACGGUCGACUACAAGGAUCAAUUCAAGCACGUCCACGAACAACUCAUCAACUACCCGAUUCUGGUCGUGAGCGUGCUUCUGAACGAGUGGAGUCUGCGCCUCUCCGAGAUGCAGUACGCGACGCUUCUCGGUCUUAUCAAGGAAAACGUCAAGGAAGCCAACAGCGUCGUCAACGAAGACACGUGGCCGCUCUGCGCCAUCUGCGGCGGCUUCCACGUCGACGCCGACGGCUGUGACGUCGAGUGGCUGCGCGUGCCUGUUCAGGUCGUCGACGCGUCCCUGACGCUGGCCAAGGCGCUGCAAGGUCCGGAAAUGUCGUCGACGCUGCGCUUCGAAGAGCUUCGGAUGCUCGUAACGAUGCGCACGAGCGAUGUCAUGGACCUCCACAUCGGCACCGAAGCACUCUCGAUCGUCGACGACGCGGGGCAAGAGGUCGUGCGGCCGAUGCAAGCGUUUGCCGAAGCAUCCGAGCCGCAAGUGUCGAUCCACGCGCAGACGAAUUGGACCGACGGCGUGUACACGAUCCACGUGUGUCGGUCGCACGUUCUUGCCGUGCCGUCGUCGCUCGCGAUGCUGCGCAACUUUUUCUCGUGGCCGUUCUGGGCCGAGACACCGUCGAGCGAGCUGGGUUUUGUCGCGCCGCCGCUCUUUGAGUGGAAGCUCAUGGAAGUGCACGUCGUCUUUGAGAAGCAGAGCUGCUUUUACCUCUUGGAAGACCUCGCCGUGCCCACGACGCGAACGCUCGUGCUCAUGGCCGAAGUCCUGUUCGAGUAUACGAUGACGCAAGACGUCGACUCGGGGACGAGCACGACCAAGAUGGAUCUGACGGUCGAGCAGCGCGGGUUUUACUUUUCGUCGCUGCCCGAUUUGCACAUUGACGUUGACUUUCCGCUCAUGAACCCGUUCACGCUGCAGAUGAUGCACCUCAUGCAGUACAUGGCGCCGACCGGCGCACCCGACGGUGUCCUUGAUGCGACGCAGCGCAACGCGAUCUCGCUCCACGCCGACAAGAGCGCGGUGAUCGUGCAGCCCGUCGAAGCGCGGCUGUCGAUUCAGGACUUUACGCUGCUCGGCAAUAUCUUCCACACGUACUCGACGACGUCGGUGGCCACGGCGCACUGCGGCCCUGUCUUGACGUACGUCGCCGUGCCGCUGCGGCUCCUCAACGACCGGCUCCUCGCCGACAUUGGUGCGAUGCGCGUCGUGCUGGUCAACAACAGCCUCGGGGUGCCGAUUGCGGACCUCGUCAUGUCGGAGAUCGAGUGUCAGUACGAAGCGCUCCUCGACGACGGCGCCUCGAUGAGCGUCGGUGGGAUUUUGCACUGCAACUACUUUAACAACAGCAUUUACCGCUGGGAGCCGCUCAUUGAGCCGUUCGAGGUGCAGAGUAUUAGCGCGAUGGCCGAGACGAUGGACGUCAAGGUCAACUUGCCGUUCACGCUCAACGUCAACAUGACGCCUGCGAUGGCGCCGCUGCUGUCGAUGGAAGCGCUGCACACGAUGGACGCGGUCACGACGGGUGAGAAGGUCACGACGCCCUUCUGGCUCCAAAACAGCCUCGGAAGCGACAUCAAGUUUAGCUUUGCGCACGGCCAGUCGUUUAUCCAAAAGACCGUCUCGCACCUCGAAGUCGUCCCAAUUGACUGCCGCGACAAGAGCACGCACCUCCGGACCUUUGACAAGGCGUCGGAAGUCGACUCGCUCAUCUUUCACAAGUCGAACCUCACGGCCAGUCACUCGCUGUAUGUGUGGGUCACCAACACCAAGUGGGCCAGUGUCCACCCCGUCGCAGUUGACGUGGUCGGGAACGUAGCAAUCUGUAUGAAGCGCACCGACGACUUUGAAGACGACGUGCUGGACCCGCCCGUGAUUGUCGCCGAAGUGAGUCUCCAGGAAGACGGAAGUAAGCUCAUUCAUUUGCACUCGCAAGUGCUCUUGCGCAACGAGACAGCGAUGCCGCUGCUUCUGUGGGGAUUUUCGCCGCCGGGCCACGUGCACGAGUGGGUCGUCGACCGGGACGCGACGUCGUACGUACCGCUGCACCUCAUCCACCCGGACGCGCGCAUGAGCUUGCGGCCGUCGACCGACGCCGAUUACGCGCCGCUCGCGUCGUCGUUUAGCGUCUUUGAGGACGACAUCAAGAGCGCCAACUUGAGCUUCACGUCAGCCAAGCGGCGUUUUGUCAAGACCGGGACGUGCGUGUGCCGCUUCCGAGAAGACCGCGGCGUCAAGCAGCGCGAGCUCGAGCAGCAGCUCCUUCCGGGCUUUCUGGUGCGCGAUCUCCCGGCAUGGCAGUGCGUCUACGACGUGGAUGCGUUCGUGCUGCUCAACACGUCGGUCGGCGGCAGCAGCGGUGGCGCCAAGGUGACCCACCGCCGGCUCUCGACCGCGAGCAGCCUGCACGACGACGAGUCCACAGUGGUCGAGGACGAAACGUCGACCAUCUUUGACGAGGCGCCGAUGACAACGCCAGGCUCCAAGAACAACGCAGUGGCUGUGGACGUACUGGAAGAAGCCAAGCACGCCAAGCAAGGCCAGAGUGGCGGUGACCCGAUUUACGCCCAUAUUCUGACGCUCAAGCCGUACUUGACGCUGCACAACCGUCUCGCGUCGCCGGUGGCGUACCGCGUCUUGGCCCAGAGCCUCCAGCUCGUAGCAGAAGGUAUUUUGCCCGUCGGCGACGUGCUCCCGCUCUUUCAAGUCAAUUGCGCCGAGGACGUGUUUGUGUCGUUCCGGAUCGAGAACUACAACUGGAGCGAACCGUUCAGCGUUGUCUCGAGCAAAACCGCGGUUCCGUUCAAAGAGUCGAUCGACAGCAUUGCGCUCAAAGGCCGCGUCUUCCCCGACACCAGUGCGUACAAGGACACGCAAGGGCGCGUGCCGGAGUUGCAGCUGCGACUCAAGCGCAAGGACCGCGAUAUUGUCGUCUACAGCGCUCUCUGGAUUGUGAACCACACGGGUCUGCCUCUUGAGUACUGUGACGCGUUGAGUCGCAACCCCAAGACGCUCGAGGCAGCGACUACAUACCUCCACGCACGACCUGGUGUGUCGGCGGCAACGCGCUUUCUUCCGCGAGCAUCGGUGUCCAAGCGGCGCCACCUCACGAGUCACAACGACUUUGUGUCGCCGGUGCACCAGCAAGCCCGCGACGACGAGCUCCGGCUGUUUGAGAAACCGGCGCUGAUCGUGCCCGUGGGUCUGUACGUGGUCGUCCAUUCGGCCAAGGACCUCUUCAAUUCGCACAAGUACUGGGGCCACCAGAGCCCGUACGUGAAAGCGUCGCUCCUCAUUCCCAAGCAGGAUGCCAAGACCAACAGCUUGCUCGAGAGCUUGUUUUGCACGGCGCGGACGCGGCCGGUCGCGAGCGGCGGCCUUGCGCCCGCGUUUGGCCACGAGCACAACAACACGCUGUACCUCGACUUUCCAAAAGACGUGUUGCACUACCAGCUGCCGUCGGCUAGCGUCGUCAUUGAAGUGCGCUCGACGUGGCUCGACACGAACCUCGGCAUUUUGACCAUCCCGCUCAUGGACGUGCUCAGUCGACGCGAGUUUUACGCCGGCUUUGAGUGGCACGACCUCACCAAGCGCAAGGUGUCGCGCCGCGCGACCUCGACCGGCGUCGUCGGCCGCAUCAAGCUCUCCAUCUCGGUCGCCACCGUGCAUCAGAUGCCGUCCGAAGACCAGCCGUCGUGGGGCACGAUCGCGACGACGCCCCGGGGCACCUUGGCGUCGUCAUCCUUGCCGCUGCUUCGCCACACGCCGUCGGACGCACCGUUUGAGCUUACAGUGUACCUCUCGACGAACCGGUUCACGUCGGUGGUGCUGUCGGUGCUUCCGUCGACGACACUGAGCGACGUGAUUCAGAAAGUGCUGUGCGUCGGCGGGCUCAGCGCUGGCUCGACGGUUGUGCUCUCGGAUUACGUGUUCUUCGAGCUCGUCUUGCCGCGGUUCGUCUCGCUGCGCAGCGCAGGCCGACCAGAAGGCGACCGGUGGUACGGCCACAUCCUCACGGACAUGGAAGCGCCGCUGCGCAACAUUGGGCGCAAGCACGGUCUGCACCUCUGCCACCGCAUCGCGAUGAACACGCUGCGGCUCUACGACGAGAGCAGCACGGCGAGCGUCCACCACAGCACGCCGCGCGCGCUCGUUCUGAACCGGCAGCAGUCGUUCCCGGCACAGUCGCGGCCCGUCGAGUGGGGUGAAGUCAUCAACUUUGGCUCGCGUUCAAGCAGCGCGAGCAGUCACUGGGACGUCCUCCGCGUGCGGACGGGCCGCUGCAGCUGGUCCGAGCCCGUCCGCAUCCACCGCAACGCGAUGGGCAACUCGGGCGUCGCCCAGCAAAUCACGCUCGUCGACGCCAGCGCGGCCUCGGGCGCUGUCAAGCAGUACGAGCUCGCGCUAUGGAGCGCGUAUGGCAGCGGCGUAUUUGCCGACACGAUCGUGACGACGCUCGUCCCUCGCUAUCACAAGUGCAGCAUCGUCUCGACGUUGCCGCUCCAGUCGCUGCAGGCGUACCACUGGGACAAGGCCGACGAGCCAAAAAAGAGCCUCGAGGUGACGUUUGCCUCGAGCGAAAUGGAGUGGUCAGGGCCAUUUGCGCUGCACUCGCUCGGCACAACGUACCUUAAGCUCCGGGGCAAAGACGACCCGCACGCGAUCUACAUCCUGCAAGCCCAGCUCGAGCUCGUCGGUGGUUCGAUCGUCUGCAUCUUUUGCGACGAGAGCAAGCGCUGGCCGCCGUACCGCAUCGACAACUUUACGUCGUUCCGGCUCCACUUCCACCAGGCGCACUGGCCGGACGAUGUCUGGGACGAGGUCGGCCCUCGGAGCUCCGUGCCGUACUCGUGGGACAGCCACGAAGGCAGCUUGUCCGUCUCGGCCGACGGCGCGCAAUCGCACGUGCUCGAGCGGUUCCUCGAAGUGCGGUUCAUGCAAGUGUCGUCGUCGCUCUCGUCGGUCGACGCCUCCAAUGCGAUUGUCGACAUGAAGGAGUACAACUUGGACGCGAUGCAGAAGCACAAGCGGCUGCAAUUGACGCGGUCGCUGCCGGCGUCGCUCUUCAACGGCGGCUGCGCGCGCGAGGGCCUCCUCCUCAAGAAGGACAACGCGUUCAACUGGAGCAAGCGCUACUUUCGCAUCCACGAGCACAUGGUCUACUAUUUCCUGACGGACGUUGACCACGCGCUCCGCGGUGUCAUUGACCUCGGGCUCGGGUCGUCGAUUGCGGUCAAGGGCUGGGCCAAGCCGACGCGCAAGCCGUCCACGUCGUCGAUGAACCCGCUCCGGUCGGUCUCCAAGUCGAUUUCGGACACGCUUUUCGGCGAGGACAAGUCGUCCACCGAUCCGUUUCUGAACAUUGCGCUCAAGAUGCAGUCGGUCGAGUUUGCCGUGUGGCUCGCGACCUUGGUCAAGCGCACGGCGUGGCUCGAAGCCAAGGCCUUGGAGUGGCUGAAAGCGCUGGCCGCGACCGACUUGACGCCGACGCAGCUCUUUUUGGCUGCCGGCAAAGACAUUGUGCAGCUCAUUCUCGACGAAGACCUCGCGCCGUCGCGCAACCACGCGGGCGCGACCGCGCAGCACCUUUUGCAGUGCGGCAUGCUCAUGGUGUGGAACCCGCCGCCCGACAUGGAUGUCGACAAUAUCGUGUUUGAAGACAAUGACGUUCUGUACCGCGUCUCGAUUCCAACGCCGCCGCCGACGCCAAGUACGACCUUUACGCUCUUGACGCCGAGCAAGUCGUAUGUGCUCCGCACCGAGUCGCCCGAGGAAACGCGGCAGUGGUGCCUCGCGCUGCGACAAGCGAUCGUCCUUGCCAUGGACACUGUCCACGAAGCGUCCCGGCGGCGGCACGAACACGCUCGCCCGCGCGACGAGAAGGCCGGGGCGACCACCAAGACGUACGUGCAUGCGCGCGUCCGUGCCGACGGUCCGACCAAGGUGCUCGAGCUGACUGAGGGCGGUGAAGAGGACGAUGAUGUCGGGGCGCGCGACGCGUCGAGUCUACGCGCGCUCGACGAAAGCACGUCGUUGAUGGCGCCGAUCGCUCCGAGCGCCGUCUCGCUCUUCCAGCACGUGACGGUGCAGUGCACGCUCCACAGCGUCGGCCUCUCGUGCGUGAAUGCAACGCCAAUGGAGGUGCUCUACGUGAGUCUUCAGGGCCUCACGUGCCAGUUUCUGCGCCACGAGACCAAAAUGCAGUUUGCCAUCACGGUGCGCGACAUCCAGGCCGACAACCAAGUCCCGGAUGCGACGUUUACGACGAUGCUGUGCCCGAAGGAGGUGGCGGCGUCCGAUGACGCGCCGGCGUCGUUCCACUGCGACGACUGUCGCGCGCAGCACCCGUCGGCCGCCGUUGCGUUUCAUUUUUGUUGCGGCUGGUCCAACGAGCAAGGCUCGACCGACUACUUCGAGUACUGCUCGUUUCACCUCCUGCCGAUGAUGGUGCAGCUCGACGAAGAGCUCGUCUCGGUGCUCCGCAGCUUUCUCAUGCAGGUGAUUUACCAGCAGCAAGGCGCCGCGGGCCAAAAGUUUCUAAACCACUCGGCCAUGGACGUGGCGCCGACCUUGAGUGCGCGGCAAGUCGCAGCCGACUUUAAAGCGUGCAUCGAGAGCUCGGAGCUCGACCCGCUCAACAACUUGAGCUUGCUCGAGAGCGCGACAACGUCAACGUCGCUCGAGCGAAAAGUCUACUUCGCGCUCUUGCAUAUUCACCCGGUCGAACUCGACUUGACGUUCCGAAGCGAUGUGAUCUCGGGCUCGCGCAUGCUGCAAAACUCGAUCAGCACGACGCGCAACGAGCUGAGCUACGAACACGGCACGUCCGACGACGAAGGCGGACACAUGCAGGAAGCCGUCGCGGCGUGGAUACCGAGCUUGAGUAUGCAUGUGCCCGACUUGGACAAUGCGCCGAUCCGCCUCAACGCGCUCAUCGUCGAGCACGCGUUCGGUACGAGCGGCGAGGUGACGCGGCGCGUGACCAAGUACUACACGCGGCAGCUCUGGAAGCAAGUGCACAAGGUGCUGGGGUCGUUUGAUUUUCUGGGCAACCCCGCGGGUUUGCUCGACCACCUCGGCACGGCGGUGCGCGAUCUGAUUGUCGAGCCGAUCCAAGGAGCGCGGACCGGCACGGGCAUCACAGGCACCGGCGUUGGGUUCGGUAAAGGUCUCGCCAAGGGCGCCACGUCGUUUGUGACCAACUUCAUCGAUGGCACGUCCGACGCGACGUCCAAGGUCACGGGUACGUUUGGGCAAGGCCUCGCGACCAUGAGUUUCGACGACCACUACCAGCAAGCCCGCGCCAAGGCCCGCCGUCGACACGUCCGCGGCUUCAAAGAAGGCAUCAUCCAGGGCUCGCGGGAACUCACACUCGGCAUGGUCGAGGGUGUCACGGGCGUCGUGCUCAACCCGAUCCGGGGCGCCCAGUCGGACGGCGCGGUUGGCUUCUUGAAGGGCACGGUCACGGGGAUUCUCGGUCUUCCGAUGAAGCCCGUCGCGGGUGUAUUUGACUUUGCAUCGCGCGCGACUCAGGGCAUUCGCAACCGGUCGCUCGCGUACGGCCGCCAAGGGCUCCGCGUGCGCCUCCCGCGCGUCUUUGGCCGCUACAACGAGCUGCGUUGCUACAAGGAAGAGGACGUCGCCGCGCACCUCCUCGUGUCCAAGACGGGCACGCACGAGAAGAUCAUCUACCACGCGCGCGUCGAGCAGCACGUGGCCGCGGACCAGCUCGCGAGGAAGGCCAAGUUGGCGCAGGAGACGCCGCCGUUCUUGCCGCUGCACCGACACGUGCUUCGCAUGGAGCGCUUUGAGAGCGCGACCGACGUCGACGAAGGCGGAGCCCCGUUGGGGCUCGAGCUCGAGACGGACUUUUACAACGAGUGCGUCAUCAUCAAGAAUUGCUUGGACAAGUCGAGCAUCCAGUCGGCGACGACCACGACGCGCAGCGUGACCCAAAAGCUGCUGCAGCCCGGCGACAUCCUCGUCAUGAUUGGCGACGUCGACGUCCGCCGCAUUGGCUUUCGCGAGACCAUCGACAUGAUCAAGGGCGCGGCGCGGCCCGUGACGAUCACGUUUGAGAGCGCCAACGUGCAGCGCAACGCGUCCGACGCAGACGACGACGACGAAGACGUCGGCAAGACCUUUGUUUACUCGCCGUCGCCGUCGUUCCGGACGCUCCCGCCAACGCCGUCCGUGUAUGCCAAGCUCAAGGUCACGCAGGUGCACUGGGUCAUCAUUACGGACACGCGCGUCUUGUACGUGCAGUGGGCGCCCGAGGCUUCGUACGCAGACGCAGCCCUCGAGUGGUCGGCGCCGCUGCAGUACAUCCACAGCAUCGACGUCGAGAAGGGCGACGCGAUCCGCCUCCACCUCCGUGUCGGCGUCAACAGCCUUUUUACUGGACCGCUUAGUCGCCCCGAGUGGCGCCACGAAACGCCGGCGGCGGUCGAAGCGAUGAAGACGUUUGCGUCGGUGAUGCGCCACAGCUUCCGCUCCGAGCUGGCGGAUGUCCAAGAGGUGUACCCGUCCGACACGUCCUUCUCUGGCAACCUCCGCGUCGGCUUUGGCACCGGCAGCAAGCGCCGGCGCUGGGUCGUGCUCUGCCGCAACUGCGUCUACAUCUUCACGUACCACUCGCCCCGAGUCUUGCGCUACAUUGUGCCAUUGGGCCGCAUGACGCUCGUCAAAGGCGCGACGCCGCUUAUGUGGACGCUCAACGGGCUUUUGCCAGGUGAAGCGCUGCAGUUUUGCUCGGUCGACGGGCCUGUCGUCGGUCAGCGCAUGGAUCUGCACGUGCACAUGCUCGCGGAAAAGCCAGAGGACGUCGAGAUGUGGGUCUCGGCGCUCACGCACGCGGCCGGGAAGGGCAUGCGGCACUCGAAAGGCACGCGCUUCUACGCGCCGUCCGAGGCGACGACGCUCACGAUCGGGUGCCACGAAGCCAAGGCGCACGUCGUCGACGGACUCGCCGACGCUCUCCGCAAGACCCUCGCUGUCUUCAAGGCAUAGUUUACGCAAUGUAUUUUCUGAACGUUCAAUCGUGGGCCGAGCGCCAUCCCAUCGAGAGAUGUGGAUCCUAGUACGUCACGUCGCUACGGG